AUGUCAUGUGCUCACGACAUGUUGUUUACACUACCGAAAGCCAGACUGGGUUCCGUUCACAUCGUAGCAACCUGGGAUUUCAUUGAUUUCAUUUUCACCGACGAAAAAGUUCAGGACUUUUUAAAGUUCCUUCCUGAGGUUGGAACUCCCGACGAAGCUCUCUUUGCGACAGUUAACCACAACACAGUCUUCAAUGCUCCUGGGAACUUUCCAUACGGCGACGAAGAGUACAGGAAUGGGGGCUCCUACGUGAAUCGUUGGAAGCGCUUCUUUCCUGAAGAAUGCAGUGGCGUCUGGCGACACGCCGUGUGCAUUUUCAAUCUCCACGGCAUGAAACCGCUCUUCACGCCCGAUUCGCCGUACCUCUUUGUGAACAAAUUUGUGAUGCACAUCAACGCCGACGUGAUGAGCGUGACGGAGCAGUGGUUCUACGACUGGCAGGACUGGUACUACCGCCAUGCCGACCAGAAUAUCACCAACCUUGACUACUAUCGAAGCCUGCCACAGGUGCAAUAUCAGUCUGCGCGCAGAAACCAAAGUCCCUGA